GGGGGUAGGAGUGUGGGUGUACGUGUGUCUGGGCAUCGGGGGGCACCCACAUCACCCCUGCUUUAGACGGACGAGAGGUGAGGAAGCAGAGGAGGAGGAGGGCUUGGCUCUGGCUCCCCCAGCCCCUCCCCAGGGCCAGCGUGAGCUCAGGUAUCCUGGCCUGGCCGGGAGCCCGGAGUGCGGGCUCGCUCUCCCCACACCGCUCCUUGCACUGGGGUCUGGGAGGGAGCAGCUGCUCUGGAAGCGUGGUCCCCGGGGUGACCCAGCACAGCCGUCCCCUGCUUCCCGGCCCAGCGAGGAUAAGGAACCUGCCCCUGCCCCGGGGCUCGAAGGAUGGAGUGCCGCUUGAUUUUCUCUGAGACGAGCCCACCCGUCCAGCAAGAUAGAGUCCCUCAGGGUGACGGUUGAUUUCCUGAAGGUGCCCCUUGGCCUGAAGAAGCCGGUGGUGAAGGAGGUGGCUGUGGGGCCCCCCAGAAGGCCCCAGCCCGUGGCCCUGGAGCGCUACAAGGCGCGGCGUUCGGACGCCAUGGACACCGAGUCCCAGUACUCGGGCUACUCCUACAAGUCGGGCCACUCCCGCAGCUCCCGCAAGCACAGGGACCGCCGUGACCGGCACCGCUCCAAGAGCCGAGACGGGAGCCGCGGCGACAAGUCGGUGACGAUCCAGGCUCCAGGGGAGCCCCUGCUGGACAAUGAGUCCACGCGGGGGGAUGAGCGGGAUGACAACUGGGGGGAGACCACCACAGUCGUCACGGGCACCUCAGAGCACAGCAUCUCCCACGAUGACCUCACGCGCAUCGCCAAGGACAUGGAGGACAGCGUCCCCCUGGACUGCUCCCGGCACCUGGGGGUGGCGGCGGGGGCCACGCUGGCGCUGCUGUCGUUCCUGACGCCGCUGGCCUUCCUGCUGCUGCCCCCGCUGCUGUGGCGGGACGAGCUGGAGCCGUGCGGCACAGCCUGCGAGGGCCUCUUCAUCUCCGUGGCCUUCAAGCUGCUCAUCCUGCUGCUGGGCAGCUGGGCGCUGUUCUUCCGGCGGCCCAAGGCCUCGCUGCCCCGCGUGUUCGUGCUGCGCGCCCUGCUCAUGGUGCUCGUCUUCCUGCUCGUCGUCUCCUACUGGCUCUUCUACGGGGUCCGCAUCCUGGACGCCCGCGAGCGCAGCUACCAGGGCGUCGUGCAGUUCGCCGUGUCGCUGGUGGACGCGCUGCUCUUCGUGCACUACCUGGCGGUCGUGCUGCUGGAGCUGCGGCAGCUGCAGCCUCAGUUCACGCUCAAGGUGGUGCGCUCCACCGACGGCGCCAGCCGCUUCUACAACGUGGGCCAUCUCAGCAUCCAGCGCGUGGCCGUGUGGAUCCUGGAGAAGUAUUACCAUGACUUCCCUGUCUACAACCCCGCCCUCCUCAACCUGCCCAAGUCCGUACUGGCCAAGAAAGUGUCUGGCUUCAAGGUGUAUUCCCUCGGAGAGGAGAACAGCACCAACAACUCCACGGGCCAGUCCCGGGCCGUGAUCGCGGCCGCGGCUCGGAGGCGGGACAACAGCCAUAACGAGUACUACUACGAGGAGGCCGAGCACGAGCGGAGGGUGCGCAAGCGGAGGGCCAGGCUUGUGGUGGCAGUGGAGGAGGCCUUCACUCACAUCAAGCGGCUGCAGGAAGAGGAGCAGAAGAACCCCAGGGAGGUGAUGGAUCCCCGGGAGGCAGCCCAGGCCAUCUUUGCCUCCAUGGCCCGCGCCAUGCAGAAGUACCUUCGCACCACCAAGCAGCAGCCUUACCACACCAUGGAGAGCAUCCUGCAGCAUCUCGAGUUCUGCAUCACUCACGACAUGACGCCCAAGGCCUUCCUGGAGCGGUACCUGGCGGCCGGACCCACCAUCCAGUACCACAAGGAACGCUGGCUGGCCAAGCAGUGGACACUGGUGAGCGAGGAGCCCGUGACCAACGGGCUCAAGGACGGCAUCGUCUUCCUCUUAAAACGCCAGGACUUCAGCCUGGUGGUGAGCACCAAGAAGGUCCCGUUCUUCAAACUCUCGGAGGAGUUUGUGGAUCCCAAGUCACACAAGUUUGUCAUGAGGCUGCAGUCUGAGACCUCGGUGUGACUGAGCAGCAGCGGCGGGGGACGCGGGGUCCUGCGGGUGGGGGAGGGCUUGGCUCUCGCCUCCUGCCGCCUCUGUCCUCCUGCCCCCGUUUACUUUUACUUGAAUUGACUCCCCCACCCAUGUGCUCCCCUCCUCGUAACUGCCCCGCGUGAGCCUGAACAGGCCACUGCGCCAGCAGAGCCUGGGAAGCACCCCCCCGCCCAAGCCCUCACUUGGUGACAUCAUGCAGGAAGCCUGUGCCUCUCCCCCUCCCUCCGGGAUGGCAGUCCUUUCCGAGCCCCCACUUCCUAACAAGGCAGGUUCUUGUCGCAGCUUCCUUCUGUGGCCCCGACAGAGCGUCUUUGGGGCACAGAUGGGACCGCAGAGAGCCUUGGUGCCAGACUCCUCCAGAUGGUGGGUCCCAGCCCCUCCUGCCUGCUCACCUGCAGGGUGCCCCGCGUCCCCCACUGCAGGGUCCGUGUCAGGGGUGCCCUGCCAGGUGGUCCCUGUGGCUGUCAGAGCCUGCCCCGCGCAUCCACACUGCAGAGUGAGGGGAGAUCCGACCCGUGUCCCUGAGCCUCCAGCUUGUUUCUGAGUCGUGGGGUCUCUGGUGACCAGAGACCCUCUGAGCGCCCCUCCUGGGCUGUGGGGGGUUCCUUCCUUCCCUGGGUCCCACCUAGGCGGCCUGGGAGGCCUGGGGGAGCAGCGCCGACCCCUGCCCGACCCUGCCCAUGACCUUCCCGAACCUUCGUGCCCUCCCUGGGGCAGCUUGCCCUCGGGGAAGGAUGGACGGCAGGGCGACUCCCGCAGAUCGAGCGGCUUGGGACCACACCGACCAACUUCUUUCCUCCUCUCUGUCCCUCGACACCCCCCCCCCCACGCGCCCCGACCCCCGUGUGUCUUUUCUCAGCGCCAGGGCCCUGUUGCCUCAUCUCGUUUGUGGAGGAAGCCACCCGCUCCUCCUCACCCCUGCCUUAAGCCCACUUUGCCUCAGGGGUCUCCUCUCCUUGGCUGGCCAGGGUCCCCUCCUUUCUCCCCGCCUGGUCCCCUGGGCGCUCGUGUCCUUCGGUGUCGGGGUGAGGGGCCCCCGGGCUCUCUGUCCAUCCCGUGGAGCUCCUGUCGUCUACACCCAAUCCUGGUUCCCGAGAGUUUGGGUCUCGCUCUGAGCACACUUCCCCCGCCUUCUUGGAAUCUGAGCCUCUCCUUCGGACGCCCGUGGGUCCGGGUUUUAGCCGAGGGUGCGGGACCCCCCGGGCUGCAGGGUGGCGGCCAGACCCCUCCUCGGGCGCUCAGUGCUGCUUGGCCCCUGGGAUAAGGUCCCCCCCCACCGCCCCUACCCGCGUGGAGGGUCCCCGUCCCCAAGCCGCCUCCGAUGCCUCCGAUGCCCCCGCCGUCCUGCGCUCCCUGCACUUGGCUGGAGAAGGGCUGGGGGUGUGGGGCUCGUCCCGGCUGGGGGGUGGGAGGUAUCCCUCUGCCCUUCGAGGGCCUGGCUUCAGAGGAGUCCCUCCUGGGGCACGUUCCUAAAUACCUCACUGUCCUGCAAAAGGCCCGGAUGGGGGGCAGCAGCUGGGGGGCAGCAGCGGGGUGCGGUGCGCAAGGGAGGGGUGGGGGGGCAGGGGCGAGCAUUGGGGAGCUUCCGAGCUGCCCUCGUUGGGGGCGGGGGAGUGUUUAUUUUCAGCACCUGCCAUGUUUUUAAUCACUGUGAUUUUUUCAUUCCUUUUUUCCUAAAACAACAACAACAACAAAAACCUUUCCCCGCGACUCUAAGCACUAAGGGCUGUGACUGAGAACGGUAGUGUUUGGGUCCUUUGCGUCAGAACUGUGGUAUCUUUGUCUUCUUUGACGAUUAUUAUAAUUAUUUGUGUUUUUUAAGACGUCAGGAUGAGUUGUCACGUGUUGGGCUGCGUGCGUCUUUUGCUUCUCCUGCUCGGGGAGUCGCCUUGGUGCUGUGAGCUGCUGGGGGCGUGGCGGGGACCCAUCCCUGCGGGCGCUGGCCCCCCACUUGGUGGGUCCCACCACCUGCUGGGUUUGUUACUGCUCUCCUGGGCGGGGCGCCUGCCUGUGCUCCCCCCCCCCCACCCCGGAUCUGUGGCCGGGUCUCCCCUACACCCCGGCACCCCAGCGCCGCCGCUCCGUCCCCACCGGGCCUGCCUUGUCAUCACCUUGGGGCGCCGCAGGCCUCAGGCCUCACCUACCUCGCCACACUGCCGCGUCCCUUUUCUCUUAAAGGACCCCGACCCCCCCCUUCGUGCUCGGUUUCUUUGAUCCUUCGUUGUUCCUUCCCAUCCUGUCCCACCUGAGCCUUUUCAGUUCUCGGCCCACAUCCCUGUUGCAAGCCCCCCACCUGCGGUACCUGUGAAGAGGCAUUGGGACCCCCGGAACCUUCUCAUCAGCAGCACCCCUUCCCAGAGUCCGUGCUUCUCUCCUCCACGGGGCCCGAGGAGCGCCCUCGCCCCUCCGUGCUGUCUGUCCGCUGUCCGUCCUCUGUCUGUCCUUCCCCUGUCCUUCCCCUGCCCUUCCCCCAGGGCAGCAUCUGCUGAUGGAUUCGGUCCUGGUGUGUGAUUGUUGUGAUUUGUUCUCCUGUGCGCGAAAGGAAGGCGGCUAGUUUUGGGUCCCUUCCAAGUGAGAUUGUAAAUGUAGAAUUUGCCACUGUUGAAUCUAGAUUUCUUUUUCCCCUUUUCUUUUCUUUCCUUUUUCAUUUGUUUUUUUCUUUUCUCUCUUUUCUUUUUCUUUUUUCUGUUUUUUUUUUGGGGUUCAGAGACCUUGUGCAUGCAUGUAGAAAAUUGUAAAAUGUAAAUUUUUUUUUAAUAUAUAAAAAGCUUGUUUUUACAGUUUGCAGUGGAUCUAAACAUUAUGGCAAUUUUAGGGAUUUUUUUUCUUAAACAUAGGAACUAAAACUGUACAAAUUUUUUUUAUAUAAAAUAAAGACAUUUGACUUUUGUGGGGGCA